AUCACUUUUGUGUUUUUCUAUUCUACGUGCCAAGUGCACACAAUGACGACAGAAAGAAGUUAAUCUGUGGGGAUGGUGAUAAAACCAAUACUGAAGGCCCUAACAAAAAUCUCCAAUACCUCAAAUCACCCGUCUCCUUAAAAUUACUCUCUUCCCUAACAAAUCACACCUCACCAAUCAAACAGCCAGGCCGUCACUGUUGUCCUUUUCCCUAACCAUUUUAAGUAUCAUUUAUAACAUUACCAUAGAAUCACUUCUUGUGUGGAUCUGUAGUUCUGGUUUCCAGUUUUGCUCCAAACCAGCUUAGUAAUAAUUUAAUAAUGUCUGCUGCAAGCUUUUCAGCUCCGGUGGCUGGAUCCACCUAUGUAGGCUUAAAACCUAACCCAGCAAAGCUGUUUGUGAUGAAGGAUUCGGUUGCUUGGAACAAGAAGACUGUAUCGAAUGGAUCUAAGACUCACUGUAUGAAGGUUUGGAACCCGAUUGAUAACAAGAAGUUUGAGACUCUCUCCUACCUUCCACCUCUCACUGAUGAAUCAAUCGCCAGGGAAAUUGAUUACAUGAUGAAAAAAGGAUGGGUCCCAUGCCUUGAAUUUGAUGCACUGGGGUAUGUUUAUCGUGAGAAUAGCAGAAUCCCAAACUACUACGAUGGGAGGUACUGGACACUGUGGAAGCUUCCUAUGUUUGGUUGCACGGACGCAUCUCAAGUCCUCCAUGAAAUCGCCGAGUGCAAGAAGGCGUAUCCUACUGCUUUCAUCCGAUGUCUGGCUUUUGAUAACAUCAGGCAAGCUCAAUGUAUGUCCUUUGUCAUUCAGAAACCCGCCACCACCUCCUAGAUCUUCUGCUCCUUGAAAAAGUUCUAGCGCGAAUCUGUUCUGCUUGUUCAUCAUAAUCUCUUCGCUUACAGCGAAUGUUUUUCUUCUGUUAAAAUAAUGUGGUAGGUGAAUGACUUUGUUGGAUAAAUGCUUUAUGUUAUAUUCCGAAAUGAUAAACAAUCUGUAACUUGUUU